GAUCAAUGGUUUAUGCAGCUCAAAUACCGGCACUACUGGAAGCAAUAAUAAUGGUAGUAGUAGUUGUGCUACUACACCCAAUUCUGCAUCUUCCUCUUUUCCCACUUUAUUGCAAGAACGAGGCAUGAGCAUAACAAGCUGUGGCAGCCCUAGUAAGAAAACAACGGGAAAUAUUUCGACAAUAAUUGGAGUUUCUGAUACUGUUAGAAAGUCUAGAUCGCAAGAUAAGUUGGACAACACAUUUUCUAGAUCACGCUCAUCAUCAUUGUCUAGUCUAGAAAACUCUAGUAACGAGGCUGUGACAUGUUUAGCUUUUGCUGAUAGUUAUAUAAGAAAAAGUGACCCAUCUUUAGCACUUCCAACAAUGUGGUUGGGUACUAGUCUUGGAGCAGUGCUGACAGUGUCCUUGAGUAUACCCGAGCAAGAAUCCCGCAAAUCAGAAGCUGCUCAAACGUCCCUAACAGAUUGUUUGAUUUUUGCAGGUCCGAUGUUUCGGCUGAAGGGAUCAGUUUUGUCCAUGUCUCUAUUAGAUUGUAAUGGUGCGCUAAUUCCGUAUCCAUUUGAAACAUGGAGGGAUGACGUCAAAGAAGCAAAACGAGACAAAACUCCAACUAAAACAACAAAUAAGAUUAGUCCAACGAAUCCAGAUGCAUUGUGCGAUCGGCAGUUUAUUGUAAUCGCCAGUGAUAAACAAGCAGGAGUUUUCGCCCUCCCAAGCCAAAAUUGCGUUUAUAAAAAAACUAUCGUCGAGUCUGAUUUUGUAGUUAAAGCAGAAAUAAUAAGCAUGAGAGAGGAAAACAACCGGUUACCUUUCCUUGACAUGCUACUUGUCAGACACGAUGAUCAACAUAUAUCGACGGAAUGGUACCAAAAACCGAUUGCAAGUGGCCGUUUUCUAAACUAUUUUUCGGCGCAUCCACCUCACCAAAAAAUAAACAUGGCCAUCAAUUUUAUUAGUAGAGUGAACAGGUUGUCCACCGGCCUAUCGGAGUCUGCAAAAGUCAACAUAAUGGAUCAACAUUUGAAGCUGAACGACUACCCUAAGACACUGCGACAUCGCCUGAUCAACCAGAGAAACUAUAGGAGUACCGAGCAACAUAGUUCCAACCAAUCGCCGAGUGAACACCUGGAAUACACUUACCGGUCAAUAGCAUACAUUCCGUAUCUCACCGAUAAGAUCAAUAGUGUUUGCCUCAUCAGUUUUGCUUCAAACGGUCGUUUGCUGGUUUUCAGUCUUCCUAGUUUGAGGUUAUUACUAGAAGUCGAUUUUCUACCACUUACUGAGCUGAGUUUCCAAACCAAGUGCAAGCAGGGCAUGGUUGACCCUAUGCUUUCAAUAUGGGGCCAACAAUUGAUCGUAAAUGAAGAUACAAAUAUGAUAUCCAAGACUUUCAGUUUUAGUAACAAAGGACAUGGACUCUAUUUGGUAACCCCCACCGAAAUUCAAAAAUUUACCGUAUGUCAAGAAUUUUGCAAUCAAUACAAUGAGAUGAUGGGAGAACUAUACGUGGAGCACGAAAUGCCAGAGGCUCCCAAGGAAAGCUUUUUCAAAGGACUUUUCGGUGGCGGUGCAAGAAAUCUAGAUCGCGAAGAGCUUUUUGGUGAAUCAAGUGGAAAGGCAAACAAAUCAAUCGCCAAACAUAUUCCCGGAUCAAAUACCAGCAUACAAGAUCUCAACACACGAGCCACAUCUGCAUCAUCAGAGGUAAGCAAAGCUCAUCUGCUUAUGCUAGAACGAGGUGAUAAGUUGAGCCAACUAGAGGAGAGGACUGAACGGAUGACUAGUGAAGCACAGCAAUUUUCAACUUCGGCGCACCUAUUAAUGAAUAAAUAUAAAGACAAAAAGUGGUACCAACUGUAAAUUAUGUAUAUUAUUGUAGAAAACAUUGUUAAAUGUAUAAGUCAUUGAGUUUUUUACAUGUACUUUACGGUGAUACUAAUUAUCAAUCAAUAAUUCUUGAAACUUUCACUUGAGCAUAACCAACCUCCAACAUAAACAAUAAUGUACGGCCUUAUUUUUGAAAACGGAGUAUCGGUUUUUCGAUCGAAUAGCGAAGCCAUCUUUAAAUAUGUCCAUAAAACCAAAUGGGCGAUCGUCUCGAUCAAAUCGGAUUCGAUCGAUGUUUCGAUACAAAGUAUUCAAUAAUCCUUUCUAUUUUACAUCAGAGAUGCAAUUCUGAAUUUUGAUGAAACUGUAUGGAAUAAUACAUUAUUGAGAAUAGGAAUCCUGAUCAGAUUACUUCCAUUUUGAUCGGGGAAAGAGAUGAAUAAAGGUGGAAACAUCUCUUAAACAAGAUAUCGUUUUCACUAUCAUUAAUGCAUCAAUAUUAGGAAUUCUUCCAGGGAAAAUGAAAGAUGCCUAACAAUGUACUAUGUUAUUUUAAAAGAAAUUAGAAACGCCUAAUUAUGUUCAAUCAAAAUAAAUAUAUAUUGUAAUAAAUAUGCUGCUCUUAUCUUUAACCACAACUCUACAUGAACGAUACUAUUACGUGAAGGGAUCCAAAUAAGUGUACGUUAGAAUAAUGAUAUAAACACCGGUUAUAUGAUUGAACAUUCUGUAUAUAUGUUGAUAGCCUUAGAUAAUAAGAAAUAUAUAUGUAUAUAUAUAUAUAUUUAUUUA